AACAUCAACAACAACUUGUAACAACAGCUGAAGAAUAAAAGAAUGGACUGUAGUGCAUUCUGUUUGUUUUGCGGACACAUACAAGAACACGACGCGCGUAGAUGGGAAAAAGGAAAAAAAAGGAAAAAAAAAAAAGAUCGCAGUGUGUAGUGUGCUUUGAGAUCUUUGAUAUAUCGAAUGGCGUGCCAACUUCAUUCAUACAUUCAUAUGGAACUGCAUGGCUGAGCAUGAGAAGGUUCGAUGCAAAAAAUCAUUAUGAUAGCAAUUGGCAAAAGAGCAGUUGGGUGAGAGAGAGACAUGUUUUUGUACGAGUGUCAGGUCAGGAUGGGCAAAGAAGGCUCAGUUGGAAUGCUCAUCCGCGGAAGUGGCGAACAGAAGCAGAGAGGUGGCCCGGGCUAAGCACUACGGUAAUUAACGAAAUGGUCUAGGGGGAAUUGGACCAAGGCGACUCAAACAUAUUAGAUGUAAGAUAACCCCUGGGCGCGGACUUUUUUCUGUUUGGAUGGCUGUUGGGAUCCGACCCCAGAUAAAAAUACUCUCCCUGCGAGAA